AUGGGUGAAGGGCGGGCAUUCGUCUAUCUGCUGCUGCUGCGCAGCGCGGGCGCUUCUGCGCUUCUUCUUCUCGCUAGCGCAGCCGCAGCUGUGCGGCUGUAUCACGCAUCUUCCUCGUCGGCUCACGCAGCGGAGAAGGACGCCCCAGUCGGUGCAUCUGCAACUCUGUCGUCUCCACCUCUUUCUCGCCCGCCCUCUUCUCUCCGCUUGUCAUCUGCGCCUCGAUGCCGUUCGCCGCCACGCGCGUCUUCCCCCUGCGCAGAGCCGGAGUUCGCAGCUCCCGUUUUCUGCUUUUUCUCUCUGUCUCCGAGUUUUCUUCUCCUCGCGCCGCGUUUCUUCCAGGCACACGCUCCAGCGGAUCGCGCAGCGGCACACAGAGGGCAACUAGGUGCGCAGCAACUAACACGCGCACCACUGGCUCAGGACUCUGCCAGCGAGCAGGAGACCGUGGGGGAGGCCGCUUCCUUUGAAUCUGUGUCUUGUCGGCUGUGUUUCGUGGCGGAGCCCGAGCGAGCCCUAGCUACACACACAUCUGAGAACGAUGCGGUGCAAGGAGAUGGGAGAGAAGCGUCUGUCGCGCAGUUUGGUUUGGUAGUCUCGCCUCCAGUCACGCCCUUUCCGCCGUCUUAUUUUCGGUCUUAUGCAUCUUCUCACUUCCGCGCGUCUCCGGUGACGGCGCCGGCUUCCGCGCAGGCGCCGCAUCCCGCGGUGGCGCUCAUACGGCAGCAGUUCCUCCUCGUCGUUUGCCAUGGUGUCGGCGAGUUCCGGAGUGUCUCGGUGGAGGCGAUUGGAGCGGAGCGAGGCAAAACGCACCAGUCGCCGCUGACGAGGCAGACAAGCCAGCCGGCCAUACGAGCGCUACUCUGCGCAGUGGGUGCCGGCGGGACCUCUGCAGACCUGCCCGAAACUGCUGCAGCCCAGGAGCGAUGUUGCGGGAGUGAUUCGGGCGACGACACGCAUCUGGAGAGGGAGAAAGAAGAGGAUUUGCGGUCGGUGCUGCAGGAAGCAGUGGAAAGUGCCUUGCUACCGUCUCUGCGUGCGUGGACCUUUCGGUUAAUGCACGGCGUCAAUUCCGCGUGUUCGCCGUCGUGUGCUUCGCCUGGUUCCUCACUACUCCGCGACGUCUCGCCUCGGGCUGAAAAAGGCGCCUUCAGGCUCUCAUCGGCGUUCACUCCCCCCGCCUCUUCCCCUCCGCCUUCGCACUCCGUCCCGCCACACGGGGCCAGUUCGCUCUCAGGCGCCCGCCCGUGCUGUCUCGCGCUGCUUUCCUCUUGCGCAGCCGAACUUGGCGCAGAGCGCGGCACGACGGAAAGCCUCGGGAGCCGCGAAACGACCGCAGAAGACAGCUCCAUCGGGGCAGACGGCGUUUCCUCACCUGUUCCGUUCGCCUCUCCGCUCUCGUCCGCCCCCCCGUCCCCUUCGGCUUCUGUGGCGUCUGCCGCGGCCGCCUGGCCACGCCAUCCACCGUCUCCGCCGGCGUCACUUGUCAAGGUCGCCCGUCCGCCUCUGGCGCACCUAGUUUCUCCGUGCUGUAGUUCGUUUUCUUCUGCGCCCGUCGCGUCUCGCGCACCUAUCCUCGCAGGCUCCCAGGGCUCCGCGACGCUGUCGCCUCUCGUGUCUCUUCCAGAGACACGUUUCCGCAGCUCUGCGUCCUCUGCUUCUGAGAGCGCGUCGCACGUUUUUCAGCGUGCGAGAGACGCCUGCGACCGCGCCUCACGCACUCUAGAGCCGCCGCCUGCGCGGGCCUGCGGCGACGCUUUCUCGCCUCGGUGGAGUGGAAGCUCCUCUCUGGCUGCGAGCGGUAGCCGCUUGGGAGAUACAGCGAGCUCGGCGUCCGGACGAGCGGGGGGACGAGCCUGCAGCCGGUGCGUGGAGAGGACCGAAACCAAGAAAGCAGACGUGUCGUGGCUGUUCAGGACGUCGGGCUGUCACGUGGGCAAUCCUGCGGUGCCUCUCGUUCCAGGCGCGGGCGCAGCGAUCCAGCUCGUCCCUCUUACUCUCCACUUCCCACUUCGCCUCACUUCAUGUCUUCCCGUCGCGUUUCCAAGUGCGUCUCCGCAGCCUCUGGAGCAACCAACGCACGGGGCAGGUCUUCUGGCAGCUGCCGCGGAGCGCUGUCUGCCUUUCCUGAGUAUGGAGCCGAACGACGCAGCCGCAGCCGCGGUCGCCGCGAGCCUCAGGGCCUUGAUAGAGAGUGCGCAGCGUCCUGUGACUCUACACAGUUCGAUCUCCGUCGACACUUGCACGGCUUCUCCCACGAGUGUGACGCAGAACCUUGCGGGGAUCGUAGCCCGAAGCCGUGAGGCCGCCGGCACUGUCACGCCGCCUCUGGCGUGGUCUAGGCUCAAGCGGCAAGGCUGUCAGCAGCAGGACGGCCCCGGAGCCUUUGCGCAUGCAUUGGGAGAAGGAGUCUGUAUGUCUACGUGCUGCCUCAGGGAGAGUAUUCCGAUCAUCGCAGAGAGCUCGAAUUGCUUUCUGCCGCGCUCGGUGCGUGUCCUCGACGCAGUGCUUCUUUCUCAGGACGUCUCUGUGGCUCUCGCGUGUCCCGCCUGUUCUUCUGCUGCGGAACGGGUGGGCGCUGGAGCACCAGAAGAGCGAAGGCAAUCGUCCAACGCAGAGGCCACGACACCAGACAAGGAAGAAGGAGGCGCUUGCAUGGUCACCCGUGACGAAGCAAAAGGUGCGCUGGAAACGGAGGCAGCGGGCGGAGCUGUAGUGCAGCGCACUGUGACCGGCGAAGAGAACAGGCAGGGGCAGGAAGAAGAGAAGAUGCUAGAGGAAGAAGCGAGCACCAGCACCGUGUCUGUAGGCGCGAGAGAGGCUUUUCUCGCUGGCUGUUUCUCUGCGCCGAACUGUGCCGAAAGCGGCGUCGGCGCGCGCCCGGGAGAUCCAGAAGUGAGGGAUGAUCUGUGGGAAGGGCGUAUUUUUUCGGUCACGUUCGACUACUUCCUUCCUCUCGUUGGGCCCCACUCGAGCGGCGCGUCGUCUGCGAGUCCGUUUUCUUCGCUUUCGCCUCCAAGUGGCUUCACAGCGAAGGCCCGCAACUGCGGGACUCGCUUCUCGCCAACGGCUCGCGCAGUCCACGGAGGACGGGAUGACGCAGGCCCCAAGCGCGGCCGGCGAGGCUACAGCGACAACGAAGAGGGCGAAGGCCAAAGGAGAACUGUUGGAAGCAGGUACCCGGCGCUUGACGCACGCAGGCACGAAGGCAAGAGCGAGAGCUGGAGCCAUUUGGAGGGAAGCGACGGAGAAUCGCAGCGCUCCUGCCUGGCAAAUGGCCAGGCAGAGAGGUGCGCUCCGGAGAGGGAACCCAGAGCUGAGAGCGACCCGCAGCUGCACCCAGAGAUGCUCGCACGUCUUCGUUACGUCUGCAUGAGGCUUCUUUCCUGCGCGGCUGCCCAGCAGCAAAAACGAGAAAGGGCAGAGCGUCGGCCGUUCCCUUCUGCGCCUGGGCGUUCUGCGCCGCCUGUAGAUUCGUCUGCGAAUGUGUCGCUGCCACGUUCGCCCUCGCCGUCCCCGUGUGCGUCUUCGUCUCCUUCUUCGGAGAUCUCUCCGACGCGUCCGUCCCCCUCUUCGUCUGUGUCUUCUUCUCGCGAAUUUUUCUCCCUGUGUGACUUACGUGUCCGCCUGACGCGCGUCGGCCAUGCUCUUGGUUUUUGUUUCUCGCUGUGUUUCUUGCGCUCGCCUCCCUCUGCCGCCGCUCGUUCCUCGUCUAGCGGAAUGGCAGGUCUGAGGCGUCCAGACUCGCGCGUCUUCCCCAGCGGCGACGCAGGCGGCAACGGCAGCCGCUGCGUGCGUCUCCAUCCGGGAGCAGAGAAUGCGCAGGCGCCGGAAGGGGAUGCGGAACGCAUCCCGGUGACGCCAGCAGAGCCGCACGCCUUCCUCGGGGGACGGGCGCCUGAGAGGAGGAUAAAGCGCAUGCUCAGAAAGGUUCGCAGAUGCCACCGCCACGAGCUCUCCUCGGCGGCGCUCGCUUUAGUCGCCGACGUUAUGCUUUGUGCGGAAUUCGAGCGGAACGGUGAGGGGGCAGGAACGGCAAGGAAGCAUGACUGCUCAGAGCAACUUUGGGCGGGCGAAGAGUGGUGUUCGUUGCCAAACUGUGGCUCAGACGGAGACUGUUCGUCUCCCGCCUCCUGCUCUUCUCCAUAUUCGCCGGCGGCGCCAGUCAUGACGCGCUCGCUCUUCCCUCCCUGGGGUCUCGUUCUUUCCGAAGUCCAGUGCAGCUUCGCGUCUCCGUCGGUUUCUUCCACUGCGUCUCGUGCUUCUGGAGACUGUGGCUGGGGUGCGCGUCCUCACUCUGACGCAGUGUCUUGUUCGGAUGAUUAUCCCCCGCCUUCAUCAACCUCCCCGCUUCCCGCUUUCACUGCCGGGAAAGGGGACUCCGCCUCGAUCGCGGUUUCGCGUUCUUCGCUCUCCUCUGAUGACAUCGUCGCUGCAACUCCAUCCUGGCCUCGCUGCCGACGGGCGUCGCUUCAGGUUCAAGAUAUAGUCAGCUCGAUAUUCAAGCGCUCUCGAGAGGCGUGCGCGGCCGCGGGCUCUCCAUUGUGCGUGGCUACCGACUUAUGCAAGCGCCGAAGAAGGCAGUCGUUCGUGAGGGAGCUGCAUUGCACUGACAACGGAGAGGGAGAAGCAAAUGGCGGAGAGGGAGAAGAUAACGCCGGAGCGACACCACGAGCCGAGGUGGAGCGCUCUCCCCGCAGGCUACCUGAACGAACACCGCAGAUGCCAGUCACGCGAGACCAGCUGUCAGGGUCGGGUUCGAGUCGUGUCCAGCCUCCCUUGGAUGUUUCCUCUGCCGUUGGCGACGUGAGCGCACGGCCGCAGGGGAGCGAAGGGGAUCAACUGGUUUCUCUUCUGGAUGACGCACCAAACCCGAGACGAACGAGCACGCAGAGACAGCUCCCUGCCAAAGGCUCUGGUAGUCUCCAGGCUCUUGCCGCGCGACAGACCCAACGACUCCCUCCUGGCGCAGCGAGCGAAGAAACCGUUGAGUGGUUAACGGGCGGACAGCAGAAGAGAGAGAGGCAAGCGCAGAUAGAGAAGAGCUCGGCGGCAGAAGGCGACACGGACACGCCUUUGGUGGGAGAGAGUGCGCGUACCUCCGGCUCGGCAGGCGCUCAAGAGGGAGAUGGUACGACAAGCAGGAGGCGAGGAUGUGGUGUACAGCAGCGAGAAGCAGUGGGAGUCGUGGGCUCAGGACAAUCUGCGGCACAUGCAGCGAGAAAUAGGGAGGAUAUGGAGUGUAUUUUUCGCGACCGCGGAGCCGAAGACGAGGACAGCCGCGUCCUUGUGCCGCUGUGUGCCCCUUGCGCAAGGGCAGACGAGCGCAUCUCUCUUCCCCCGCACCCCACUGUUGAAUGCUUCUCACUCUCGCCUCGAAGCGUACCUCUUUACUUCUUUAUCGGAGACAGAGACGACGACGGCGAGGCCUCCGGUGAGGAUGGGGAGCCCACACACCAUUCGGACGCGCAGAGCGAGACGGAGAGUCAGGCAUCGGGAGGAACGACGACCCGCAGCAGGAGGCGAGAGCCGGGCUCUGCGAGGCGAGCGUAG